UCUGCAGAGAAGUGCUUCUAAAAAUAGAAAUCUAAAAAUAAUAUUUCUGUGUUAAAAAUCGGACGCAUGCGCUUUGAUACAUCCGGAAGUACUGAUGAGAAAUCCUGUUACUCGGAUAGUAAAGUUGUGAAUUAUAUGAUUUUGAGAAGCUGCCAAUAAUACAGAAUGCAGACAAUCAAGUGUGUGGUGGUCGGUGAUGGAGCUGUGGGUAAAACCUGCCUGCUCAUCUCUUAUACAACAAACAAAUUCCCCUCAGAAUAUGUGCCUACAGUGUUUGACAACUAUGCUGUGACAGUGAUGAUUGGCGGAGAGCCGUACACACUCGGACUGUUCGACACAGCCGGACAGGAAGAUUACGACAGACUUCGGCCGCUCAGCUAUCCACAAACAGAUGUUUUCCUAGUCUGUUUCUCAGUCGUCUCCCCUUCAUCAUUUGAAAAUGUUAAAGAAAAGUGGGUCCCAGAGAUCACCCAUCACUGUCAAAAGACACCAUUCUUGCUAGUCGGAACACAGAUUGACUUGCGAGACGACGCAUCAACGAUAGAGAAGUUGGCAAAGAAUCGACAGAAGCCCGUCUCUGGAGACCAGGGAGAGAGGCUCGCACGAGAACUUCGGGCGGUGAAAUAUGUUGAGUGCUCUGCUCUAACACAGAAAGGUCUGAAGAAUGUCUUUGACGAGGCAAUCCUGGCUGCCUUGGAACCCCCGGAGAAAGAAAAGAAGAAAUUUUGUGCCAUGCUUUAAUUUGGGUGGGGAAUGCUGGCAAAUGAGUGGGGACAUUUUGUGCCAUGUUUCAAUUCGGGUAAACUUUGGUGGAAAAUGUUUUGGGAACAUUGACUGUAUAUGUUUGUUAUUUUUAAGGCAGGCUUUAUAUAUAUAAAUAUAUGUGUACUUCAAAGGCUUAGAGCUAAACAGAUGUAACUUUUCUUUUUAUAUGGAGUUCUGUCUGUAUUACACUCAGCCCAUGGCACAAAGUCUUAGAUUGAUGUAUUAAAUUGGCAUGAAAUAUUUUUGUACUUUUAUAAGAAUGGAGAAAAUGUUACUUAAUUGCUUAAUCAAUAAAGUAGGUUUAUAUGUAUGAAUGACUUGAGAUUGAGUCAUUAAUAAUCAUUAUAACCACCUUUUUUUAUAAAAUAAUUGUAUGGUCUAUCAAAUUCAACAUCUUAUUACUAAUGUAGUACAAUAGAUUUAUCAUAUUUUUACCAAUCAAAUAGAUAAAUCGUGAUAGAUAUCGUGAUAAAAAAAUGUAAAAGCCCUUUUUUGAGCUAUUCCUGUUAUAAAUAUGAGGCUUGAGAACGUUCGAGAAAUUUGGGCCUGAAGUUCAACAGGUGUAUGGUAGAUAGGGCUGUGUAUCGUCACUCAACUCACGAUACGAUACGUAUCACGAUACGGAGUACGCGAUUCAUGAUAUUUCACGAUACGCUUAUAUAGAUUUUUUUUUCAUGUUGGACUUUUGUUAAUGAAAUUUAAAAAAGAAAAUUAAAUUGCAUUUUUUUAAUAAUUUGAUUUUCAUGUUUUAUUUUAGUUUGAAAAAUAAACAUGGUGUUGAUAAGUAAGAUAACUAGUUGUAACGUAUUUUGCUAGCUCUACCUGCUGUUUGCGAAAAUGCGGCUGAAGUGGCUUUCGCUGUUUCGACAUUUAAAAAUAAUGAAAGUUAACAAAUUGACCGGACCGUGCAAAGAUGUUUGGAAAGUGUUUUAAGCAUACAUAUCUUAAGUUAAGGUAACGAAUCUAAUGAUAGGCAAUACACACGAUUUUUUACAAUGCGAUAUGAUACAGUAUAUCGUCGGGUACUGAAUCGCGAUUUCACAAUGCACUGAUGAAUCGUUACAGCCCUAAUGGUAGAUAUGUCAAUACAGUGCACAUAACCAUGCUUAAAAUAUACAAUAAGAUAUAAUCGAUCAGCUAAUGUUAUUAAUCUCUUACAUGGAAUGUAACAAGCCAUGUCUUUUUCUCUGAAAUACUCUACUUUGGUUUGGUCAUGUUAAUAUGUCUUCUUUUCUUUCCGUUUAAUUCUGGAAGUAGAUGCUUGAAAUAUACUUAUUCUGUUUUCUAAAUUUAUUUGGCUCUGAAACCUGAAUUGAUCUAGAAAAAAAUGAUAAUAUUACUACACUUAUAAUGUCGGCGCUGUCUCAAUAAAGAAUUGUUGUUGUUACUUGAAUUUUUUUAAAUAUGUUGGAAAGUCCCAAUUGAAAACUUAAAAAGUGCUUCCUUAACUGUCUUUUUAACUUAACUCUUGGCUUAAGUUCAGUUUUUAAAUAUAAAUAGCAAAAUAAUAAACAUGUUCUGGUAAAUAGCUUCAGAUAAUUUUAAUUUAUUAUUGAAACAAAUAUUGAAUAGGGCCACUUGUGAACUUUACAAUACAACUGGAUUACCAUUCUUGGUACAAGCUCAUCUGGGCUUAAUUUGUCGAAAGUUCUUAAAUGUAACACUCUUAAGUAGCUUAUUUCAUUAUGCAAAAUUUCUUACUUAAUUUUGAGUUUACCGAAUAAUACAUUUACCGUAAUAAUCAUUAAGGAAAGGUUUUUUUUUGCGUAAACAUUGCAUUAUUACCUUCAAAAGUAUACAUUACAUAAGGUAUACGCAAACAACUAACAAACAUCGUAAGCUUAACUUAAUCCUUUUUUUAAGAAUUUCAGAUAUUUCACGAAAUUGGAGCCUGGUGUUGAUGCUUUUUUAAAAUGUAUGGAUAUUAAUUGAGGAAGAAUGGCUGGCAUCAGAAUGUUAUGUUCUGUUUCCAAUUAAAAUCUUUAUCUUAUCUUUCGGUAAAUUUUUAUUUUCAAAUUUGCUUGACUGUGAUGCUAGGAAUCACAUAUUUCAGAAGCAUUGCUCCAUAACAAAAUACGGAGGGGUCGCAAGCAUAUUUUUGUAAACACAUUUUUUAAAAACAAGUUGAUCAAUUACGUAUUCACAGGGGAAAAACGUUGAGUGAAGAAUCCGGAAUGCAGAGAAAAAUGAAUGUCUCUCUUAAUGUAUAAUUUCCUCCACUAUUCUUAAUGCAUGUUAUAUUAUUUUUCUGACUUACAGAAAGGACUUAAGAACGUGUUUGAUGAAGCUAUCCUAGCCGCGUUGGAACCGCCGGAGCCCCAGAAGAAGAAACGAUGCAGACUUCUAUAAUUAACUGCUUCUGCUAGACCAUCUACUGCUUAUAAUGUCUAUCCUUUUUCUUGGCUGCAUUUUCGUCUCGUUCUUGUCGUACUAACUUUCAAACUAAGUAACUUAUUUUGACAGUUUUGGAAAUCAGUGCAAAACUGGAUUAUUUGUUAUGGGACUUACGUUUGAGGUUAUUUAGUUUUUAUGUUGAGUCUUUGUGGUGUGUUACAUGUUGAUAUAUGUGACAACAUUUGAUGGAGAUAAAAAAACAAAACAUUAUACUUAUAGAAACUUUUUUUAUCAUUUCAAACUUACAAAUAUGUUCAUUUUUCAUUGAUAUAACCCAGAAGCAUGAUUUGUAAGGACACUGGCUUGAGUAUUAUCUUUGAAGUUGUUGAUAGGGGAAUCACCAUUAAGGACUUCCGUAAGAAUGUUCUUCACUACUGGCUCUGCUUGAUUUCCACUCUUUAAUCAAUCAUUUUUGCCGGAUUCAUGAAUGAGAAUUUAUGUAAAAUAUACAUUAACCUUUUAUAAUUCAAAUCAUCAUCAUAUAAAACUCAAAAAUCCUAAAGAAUAAGACUUUAACGGAGUAUACAUAUAGCUAUCCAUCAUUGUACAUUUAAAUUAUAACUAUCUGGAAUUCGAAUUAUUCAAAGUAUUAUAAUCUAUUCAUUGAUCUCCAGAUAAGUAAAGCUAAUCUAACAUUAAAUAAUUAUGAUUAAUCGGAAGCUCUGAAGUACUUUGUAAGCAGCUGAUUGUAUAAUGUUCAUGUUACAUUUGUAAUUGUUUUUUAUUGUUCAAUAAUAAUUUUCCGCUUUCAUCAGUAUUGUUUAUGUUGCCAUCAAUAAAAAUUAGAUUACAUUUAUAAGUGACUUAAGAGUCGGACAAUUGUUAUCUAUUUUCAAGGACCUUAUAAAAAAAAUUGAGUAUCAUUGUAUGUUCUCGCAACCUGAACCACUACAAUGUAUGGCUUAUGUUAGUCCUAUAAAUAAAUAUUUUUCACAGUCUCUUGUGGAUUAUAUUGUUAUUUUAAUUGCCUUAAUUAAAUCCUGCCUUACACAUUCUUCAACAGAAUUUGAUCUGCUUUUUCACAUGAGAUUAUAAUCGAAUAUAUUUAAAAUUGUAAAUGGAACUGAUUAAAAGAACAUAAUACAGAUUAAAAAGACUUGAGAUAAAGGCUUAGAGUUUUGGCCUUAAAAUAGUAAUCUAAAUAUGUACAUGAUAUUAUAGUCAAGAAAGUACUUAACAUUGUAAUAAAAUUAGGCUAUUAAAGCUACAUUUACUUUAAUGUUCGUUUCUUUAUUAAAACACUAUGUAAGAAUAAAGUACAAUUUUCCUUUUAUGUUUUUAAGUAAGAAAUACCUAUGAAUAAUCGUUCAUAGAAAUUGCAUGAAAAUGACUGAAUCAUCUAAAUUUUAAAAAAUCAUUGGGUUUGUGUUUGUAUACUGUUUCCGUACUGCAUUUUUUAUUAUUUCUGACCCUGGUGUAGUCAGUGUAUAAUUACAUGUUUAUGUUUUUUUGUUACCAUAGUGAUUAAAUAUUAAAUCAUGCAGAUUAUUUGUAUGAAUGUAAAUUUAUUGUAUAAAUGUCUUAGCACGCUGUAUAUAAGUAUUAUUUUAUUAGAACAUUUUCUUUAAGCAUUAAUAUUAUAUAUGAUGUGUGCUUCCUCAUAAAUUUGUAUUUGGUUGUAUGAGUUGUGCUUCCUCAUACAGGUGUACAUGGGCUGUAUAAGUUGUGCUUCCUCAUACAUUUGUAUGUGUGUUGUAUGAGUUGUGCUUCCUCAUACAUUUGUAUGUGUGUUGUAUGAUUUGUGCUUCCUCAUACAUUUGUAUUUGGUUGUAUGAGUUGUGCCUCCUCAUACAUUUGUAUUUGGUUGUAUGAUUUGUGCUUCCUCAUACAUUUGUAUUUGGUUGUAUGAGUUGUGCCUCCUCAUACAUUUGUAUUUGGUUGUAUGAUUUGUGCUUCCUCAUACAUUUGUAUGUGUGUUGUAUGAUUUGUGCUUCCUCAUACAUUUGUAUUUGGUUGUACAAUUGGUGCUUCUUCAUACAUUUGUAUGUGUGUUGUAUGAGUUUUGCUUCCUCAUACAUUUGCAUGUAAAUUGUAUGAGUUGUGCUUUCUCAUACAUUUGUAUGUGUUGUACGAUUUCUGCUUCCUCAUACAUUUGUCCGAGUGUUGAAUGGGUUUUGCUUCCUCAUACAUUUGUAUGUGAGUUUGAUCUGAAUCACUCUAAAAAGUUAACAUUUGAAUUGUUCAGUUUAUUCAUGGAAUAUAAACGCCAUGUUAUUAAAUGUAUAUGUCACUGUGUAUUUGAUAUUAUUCAUUCAUCAUUUUAACAAAUUAUAUCAUUGAAAUAAAUGUUGCCUAGGCAAGUAAAGUGCAUAAAAUUUGCAAAAGAAUUUCUGUAUUAGCUCCUAACAUUAAAUCAUCUUUUUGAUAUAUAUAGAAUGUUACAUGAAUCAGGCGGUCAUACAAUAUGGAAUUUAUUAGGAAUUUUUCGAAAGCAAGAUUAUACUGAAUGACAAUAAAUGUGAUAAUCUGUUUAGAUCUGUUUAUAUCAAAUGUCGCUUUAUUGCGCAAUUUUUUUCACAGCUAUUCAGUUAUGACAUACAUAUAUCAUCAAAAGUUAUUACACUAGCUAUGUAUUACAUAUAUAUGAAAAUGAUAUUUCAUGAUUGGGACAUCAUUUGUGUUUCAAAAAACAUGUAUUUGCGGUGAAUUUAAAGAUUUAAUUAAAUUGUAGCUUGUAACCCAUGUUGAAGUUCAAAUGAUUUUUUUUCAAUAUAUUUCAAUAAGAUGAUACUGUCAUAAAAUAUUGGUUUAACUAAGAUCCUCAAUGUUUAACAAGAAAUUACAGAUUUUCGAGUAUUUAUUUACUUUUUUCGUUCUUUGUCUGAGGAUGUUUAGUUGACACUCGAUAUUUGUUGAAUGUUUGUAAUUACAUUAAGCCAGACAGACACCUGAUACAUGGGUUAUUAUAUUAGUUCAAUGUAAACACCGCUUGAAGUUGAGUGCAAAUUUACAUUAAGCUUUGCUUCAAUUCAUUCACAUCAUUUUUUUUGUACUUUUAAUGUUUUGUCAUAAUGUUUUGACAUUGGCCUGCAAAAAGAUUGCUUAGCAAAAAAAAGUUACAAAAAUAUUCACAGAUUGUACUAGCUUGUUUUCAUCAUUUAUUAAUUUGAUGUGUAUGUGUUGAAAAUUGUUAUCACUUGAGUGAUAUGUAUAAUGUACAUCAUUUAAUAUAUAGAGUAGAAUAUUCAUCUCCCUUUUAAGAAUGUCAUCGUAAUCAGCCAAUAAUUCAUGAAUUUAAAAAAAACAACAGCUUGUUAAAUUUUGUUCUCAAUUUUUUUUUGGGGGUUGGGCAAAAAUGAACUUGUGUUAUUUAUACCUAUAUUCUCAAGAAAGUUUCCAUGUUUAUUAUUGUCUGCCUGAGGAAUUCAUGUUGAUUUGAUUUUCACAAAAUUCUUCAAGCGUGAUGGAUAAUUAGAGAUUGUGUUUCUUGAACAAAUUUCUCAAUUUUCAUAAAGCCCAACAGUUAAAUGGUAUUUUUUUUAUAAAACGUUUCUUUAACAAAUAACACGUAUAAAUGUACCAAUUUUAGGCAGAUAAAUUUUAAUAUUUAUGGUUUUCAUGAUCGUUCGCCAGAAAUAAUGAUAACCGUUUGAAAUAUGAUGUACUUAGAGAGUGACUAUAUAUUUAAUCCCAGAGAUACUUUGUACAUACAAAUCCCCUUUUCAUAUUGCUUAUGAUUAUUCUGUACAUUUUCUUAUCUGAAUAAAAACAGUAUACCUGA